AUGGAGAAAGCACUAGCAUUUCUCUGCUACUUCUUUUUCUUCUUCUGUUCACAUGCUCUGGUAACCCCACGGAGCAGCAACGAGAUAUCGUCGGAUGAGUUCGCGCUCCUCUCCGUCAAGUCCAUGCUGUCGGCAAGCUCAUCUGAGGGCUUGCUGGCCUCAUGGAACACGUCCAGCCACUACUGCCGCUGGCCAGGAGUCAUCUGCGGUGGCCGGCGGCACCCUGAGAGAGUCGUCGCUCUGCGCUUGGGCUCUGCCAAUCUGUCUGGGCGCAUCUCGCCGUUUAUGGGAAACUUAUCUUUUCUCAAGGAGCUGAACCUUGGCAAUAACCAGCUUGCUGGGAAGAUACCUCCGGAGAUCGGUCGUCUUCUCAGGCUUCAGGUGCUGAACUUGAGCACAAAUCAUCUCCAAGGAAGCAUUCCUGUUGCUCUGGUAGAGUGCACGAAUCUCACAAUUCUUUUCCUUAGCUUUAACCAACUCCAAGGCGAGAUUCCUGUCAACAUAGGGUCUUUAAGAAAUCUCAAGAUUUUAGCCAUCUCAGAAAAUCGUUUGUCAGGACAGAUCCCUCAAUCGCUGGCAGAUUUUCAUGUGAUUGAAAACCUGGCUUUGAGCCAGAACAGAUUAUCUGGUGAGAUACCACCUAGUUUGGGAAAUCUCUCCAGCCUCUCGGGUCUUGCUCUUGAUGGCAACACUCUGUCAGGAACUAUCCCGUCGUCUUUGGGGUUCUUAUCCAGAUUAAGUUGGCUCAACUUAAGCUUCAAUAAUUUAAGUGGAGUGAUCCCCAUUUCUAUUUGGAACAAUUCCUCUUUAAGAGUGUUUUCUGUCCAGAAAAAUAUGCUAAGCGGUACAAUACCUCCAAAUGCAUUCAGUAAUCUUCCCCAUAUGCAGAGGAUAUUCAUGGACUCUAACCAGUUUCAUGGCCACAUUCCACCUUCGAUAGCUAAUGCUUCUGACAUGUCAGUACUUCAGCUCUUGGAUAACCUUUUCAGUGGUGGUGUGCUUCCAGAGGUUGGAAGAUUAAAAAAUCUCACUUGGCUGCAGCUCUCGGGAAAUUUGCUUCAAGCUAAAGAGCCCAAAGAUUGGGAAUUCAUGACUGCAUUAACGAAUUGCUCCCAAUUAAAAAGUUUGGGAUUGGGUCUCAAUAUGUUUGAGGGUGUUCUCCCUGAUUCAGUUUCCAAUCUUUCUACUUCCUUAAAGGUUCUCGUCUUUGAAGGAAACAAAAUAUCAGGAAGCAUCCCUAAAGACAUAGGUAAUCUCAAUAGCUUGCAAAAUCUCUUCCUUUCUAAAAACUCUUUCACUGGACCUCUUCCUUCUUCAUUGAGUCAUCUAAAAAGCUUGGGCAGGCUCAGUGCAUCUGAAAAUAAAAUUAGUGGGUCAAUUCCAUCGGUCAUAGGAAAUCUUACCGAGCUGAUAUAUUUGAACCUCGGGAUGAAUAAAUUCAGCGGUAGGUUACCAAGCUCGCUUGGGAAUCUAACAAAGCUGUUGGAACUAGGACUUGGUAAUAAUAACCUUAUAGGUACGAUUCCCAGCGGAUUAUACGACAUCCCCACUCUCUCAAAAAAUUUAGAUCUAUCCCAUAAUAUGUUAGAGGGAUCCAUAACACAAGAAAUAGGAAAUCUGAAAAAUCUUGUAGCAUUCCGUGGACAGUCAAACAAAUUCUCAGGUGAGAUACCUGCCGCCCUUGGUGAAUGCCAACUUCUCCGGUAUCUCUUUCUCCAAAAUAACAUCCUAAAUGGCAGCAUCCCAUCAGCCUUGAGUCGUCUGAAAGGUCUAGAAACUCUUGAUGUCUCAAGCAACAAUUUAUCGGGCCAGAUACCAAUUCUUAGGGAUCUUACUACUCUCUCUUAUCUCAACCUUUCAUUCAAUAGCUUUGUUGGGGAAGUGCCAAACAUUGGAGUUUUCACAAAUGCUACAGCAGUAUCAGUCCAAGGCAAUGAAUUGGUUUGCGGUGGCAUACCUGGCCUACAUUUGCCUCGUUGUUCUUUGCAAUCAGGAAAGAGGAAGCACAAAUUUCCGGUGGUACCCGUGAUUAUUCCUCUUAUUGCAACACUGCUUGUUCUUGCAUUACUCUACAAGCUUGUUAAUUGGCGCAAGAGAAGUAAAGUAAAUAUCCCUAUAACAACAUCCGUGAAAGGCCACCCAUUGAUCUCUUACUCAGAGUUGGUAAAGGCCACAGAUGGUUUCUCAACAAGCAACUUGUUGGGCUCUGGAUCAUUUGGAUCAGUAUACAAAGGAGAAUUAGAUCAACCAGGUGAAAGUGCAAGUCUUGUUGCUGUGAAGGUACUGAAACUACAAACUCCCAUGGCGCUCAAGAGUUUUACUGCCGAAUGCGAAGCCCUGCGAAAUAUGCGGCAUCGGAAUCUUGUCAAGAUUAUUACAGUUUGUUCAAGCAUUGAUACUAGAGGGAAUGAUUUCAAAGCAAUAGUGUAUGACUUUAUGCCGAAUGGUAGCCUAGAAGGUUGGCUACAUCCUGAGAAAGAUGACCAACCUGAACAGAGGCACUUGGAUCUCCUUGGAAGAGUGACCAUAUUACUGGAUGUGGCUUGCGCGUUGGACUAUCUUCAUUGGCAAGGCCCCGCACCCAUUGUGCAUUGUGAUGUUAAGUCAAGCAAUGUGCUCUUGGGUGUUGAUAUGGUAGCCCAUGUUGGAGACUUUGGACUUGCAAGGAUUUUUGUCGAGGGAAGCACAUCUCUUGAGCAAUCGACGAGCUCAAUGGGACUUAGAGGGACAAUUGGUUAUGCUGCCCCAGAGUAUGGUGCUGGCAAUGUGGUAUCAACAAAUGGAGAUAUUUACAGUUAUGGAAUUCUAGUUUUGGAAACAGUAACUGGGAAAAAGCCCACUGAUACUGGAUUCAGACAAGGAUUAACCCUCCGGGAAUAUGUUGAGCUGGGUCUAGAUGACAGAGUGAUAGACAUUGUGGACACACAGCUUUCGCUGGAGCUUGACAAUGGACUUCAGAUGGCAAAUGAUUCUCCCUAUAGAAGAAAGAUUGAUUGGCUUGCUUCACUACUUAGACUUGGAAUGUCUUGCUCUCAGGAAUUGCCAUCAAGUAGGACACCCACCGGAGAUAUCAUCAAGGAACUGCAUGCAAUGAAAGAGUCUCUCGAGAGCAUCCAGCAUGUGAAAGAUGGAAAAUAUCCAUAGAGUGAUGUCAUGCUGGAAUGAUUUAUGUAUUGGAUGAUUUGUUGCUCACAGAUAUCCUUGAACUUCUUUCUGAUCUGAUUCCUAUGGUGUCAUUUCCAGCAGUUCAUUUUUGACCAUGGCUCGAUGUAUGCUCACAAUUGUACUUUGCAUGUCACCGCAUCUUUGUUUGUAAUGCAUCAGUAUUUUGCAACUAUUCCGUGUACAAACUUUGAUUGAUUUUCUGAGCUGUACCACAAAUUUCAGGCUAUUUUUUU